AUGUCGCCGGAGCUGGCCGUGACCCCCGCGCCAGGCCGCGAGCACUUGGGCAGGUGCGCUACGAAGACGAAGAAGAAGGCCGUGCGCGUCCAGGAGCUGUCACCGGCAGUCGACGAGCGCUUCAGUAGCUCCCCCAAGCGCAAGCAGCGACCAUCAAGCGGGACAAUCGCCACCGACUUGAGGUCGCUUUGUGUCCGACAUCCCACCGAGAAGUGGCGCAGUAAUAAGCGCGUGCUACUAAAUGUGGUGCCUAGUGUGAGACGAAGAAACGACGAGAUGGUGGUGGUCGAAGGGCAGCUGGUGGUCGCGGAACAGGUCGAUCGAGGUCACGUCCGACGGGACCCGCCCGUCUUUCGGACACUUGGUCUGGUGAGACGCGCUGACUUGGUCUGA